AUGCUGUUACAUUAUAUAGAUAUAAAUGAAUGCAGUUCAUCCCCAUGUCGCCAUGACACUUGUCAAGACCAUGUCAAUGGAUAUUCCUCUAUGUGUGAUCCUGGAUACACAGGAACUGCCCAUGAUUUAGAUGAAUGCAUGUCUACUCCAUGUACACACGGUUCCUGCAAAGAUCAGGUGAAUGGUUAUACAUGCACUUGUAAUGCCGGAUUUACUGGAAUUAAUUGUGAAAUUGAUAUAAAUGAAUGCAAUUCAUCUCCUUGUCACCAAGGAACUUGCCAAGAUAAUAUCAAUGGGUAUUCCUGCACGUGUAAUCCUGGAUACAGGGGCACUGACUGUGAGCUGGAUAUAAAUGAAUGCAAUUCAUCUCCUUGUCACCAAGGUACUUGCCAAGAUAAUAUCAAUGGGUAUUCCUGCACGUGUAAUCCUGGAUACACGGGCACUGACUGUGAGCUGGAUAUAAAUGAAUGUAAUUCAUCUCCUUGUCACCAAGGAACUUGCCAAGAUUAUAUCAAUGGGUAUUCCUGCACGUGUAAUCCUGGAUACACGGGCACUGACUGUGAGCUGGAUAUAAAUGAAUGCAAUUCAUCUCCUUGUCACCAAGGAACUUGCCAAGAUUAUAUCAAUGGGUAUUCCUGCAUGUGUAAUCCUGGAUACAGGGGCACUGACUGUGAGCUGGAUAUUGGUGAGUGUGGCUCAUCUCCGUGUAACCAUGGGAUAUGUCUAGACCAAAUAAAUGGAUAUGUGUGUACUUGCACAAAAGGAUACACAGGAGACAACUGUGAAACAGAUAUAAAUGAAUGCAAAUCAUCUCCAUGUCACCAUGGUACUUGCCUAGAUCAUAUCAAUGGGUAUUCCUGCACAUGUGAUCCUGGAUACAGCGGAAGUGAAUGUGAUUUUGGUCAUAUAGUUCCAAACCUUUUAAUUCUGUUGACAGUUAUAAUUGUUCUACUCUCUAUACUACAGUACUACCUGUGA